AUGACUGCCGAGGUCGAUUGCUUGAUCACCAAGAAAAAAUCUUUCGACCCUAACCUGCGUGAAAAUCACAUCCAAUGUGUUUGCCACAAGAUUGCCUUAAUCCUUACUGCUGGUUUCAAGGUCCUUAAUACGGAGAGUAAAGGCUUGAGGAAGUCAAAAGAGACAUUGGGCUAUCUUCCGCUCCUAGAUUCAAUUCCUGAGGAUGAAACCGACGGCAACGAUUCUGGUGCUUUUGCUUCUGGUGAAGAAGAGAUCAGUGAUUCGGACGACAAUGAAAACUCUGACAACGAAAUUAAUUUAAACAAUAAUGGGGAACUCGCUCCAUCUCUGGCAAACCCUGACUCCAUAUCAGGAAUACUGACAAAGGUUGAUUUUGUCAUCCAACGUAUUACAUCUUCUUCUUCAAAACGAUCCGAGUAUGACGUGUGGCGAACCAAGCUUGAAAACCAAGGGCCAACUCUCAUUGCUGGCUACGGGAUUCGAUGGAACAUCAAAUGGGAAAGCCGAGACCGUGCCUACAAGGGCCGCAACGUAAUCAGCCGACUCAUCGAAAAUGAGAAAGACCGGCAAGAAAGAGAUGGUGGAAAGAAUUUCUUUCAUGAUCAUGAGAUAUCACGGGGUGACUGGGAGGUUGUGAAGCGACUUAAUGACAUACUGAGUGAGUUUUACUUCAUAACCAAAAAAAUGGAAGGCGACCAUUCUUCCGCAGGCCUUCUCCUGGUCGAAUAUGUCUCGAUAAAGGAUUUUCUCAAGAAACGAAUCAACAAUGUGGCCGAACCAGAAUUUAAAGCAAUGUUACGGAAGAUGAUUGAAAAAACCGAGACCUACCUACAUGAGGUGUUGGUGUGUGAUUCGGUCAUCCUGGCCACAAUUCUGAACCCCUCCUUUCGGCUGUCCAUAUUCCAAGCCUGCUUUUCUUCCCACUAUGACUAUGCCAAAGCUUUGCUUCAACAACAAUACACCAACCGAAAAGACGAACUUGUUGCCAACAUCAAUUUAGAAGAACCUUCCCCCCCAGUUACCUCUCAACCACAACCAACUGACCAUCAUCGACCCAUAGACAGCAUGGUAUUAUUCCCGGAAUCCAUUGAAGCUUCAGUUUCCGAUGAGCUGGCCAUUUACCUUGGGGGGAAGCAGGUCAAUGCCUCCAAUGGUGGAAAGUAA